GCAGCUCUGGAGGUGAACUCGCGGUAAUAACAGGAAAAUAAUAUCUGUCCAGUAGUUUGCUGCCUGGUGCCAGCCCAGCCCCUCCCUCCUGCGAGCUUCAGGCGGAUGCCGGUCCUCACCGCAGUCCGCAGUAAAUUCACCGGCGCCCGUCAGAGUGCAGCAGACUGCAGACUCCAUCACACUCCGCGUCCCUGCUCCCCUGGCAGGUGGAAAGGACACACACACGGGACCAGAGAAAUGGCUUUCACCUCAGUCUUGGCAAUGUUGGCCCUUGUGGUCUCUGCUGAAGGAAGUGUUGGGCCGAGUACCAACACCAGCUUUUGCACAGAGUCAAAGGAAUGUCUGGAAUAUGAGCUGGUCUGCAAAACAGAUGAAUAUGAGGUGCGACACUACAGCCCCACUCGCUGGGUGUCGACAGACGCUGAAGCCUACUUCAUGGGCGUGGGUGCAGCCAUGGCCUUCAGGAGACUUUUCCAGUACAUCACUGGAACCAAUGAAGGAGGCAUCCAGAUGGAGAUGACCGCCCCUGUCCUGGUCAAGAUCCCAGAGGAGACCAAGAUGUGGGAGCCGGCUGUCUACACCCUCAACUUCCCGCUGCCGGCAGCCUAUCAGGAGAAGCCGCCUGCACCCACCAAUGACAAGCUGUAUUUUACUGAGAUGCCAGAGACGGACGUCUAUGUGAGGAGUUACGGAGGCUGGAUGCUGUCAGUCACUUCCAGGCUUCAUGCUCACCUGCUGACUAAAGAACUGGGGAGAGUCCGGGCUUCCUACAACCACAGCUACCACUAUGGAGUCGGCUAUGACAGUCCCUUGAAGUUGUUGAACAGGCACAAUGAGGUGUGGUAUGUGGCCGACGGGGAGGUAGUUUGCACAGAUCCACAGGAACCGACCCCUGCACACACACCAAGGCCGACUCUGACCAACUCACCCACAGACUCUUCGUCUGACCCUUUCCCACACACACUCUCUGAUUCGCCUUCACUCACUCCCUCCAACCUGUCUUUAAAUACAACAUCCAACUCCUCUUUACAAACACCCUCUGACACACCCGCUCUCCCCACAUCUAAUGCUCCCCUUAGUCCUUCAUCCAACCUACCCGCUGAUGCUGCAUUCAGCCACACACCUACCUCCUCCCAGAUCCUGCUGGACCCAGCAACCAACUCUUCCGACCCCGUCUCUGUGAGCCCGUCCCUGGAGCCCCAGUCUGACGCUGCCCUGUGGAACAGCACAGCCCACAGCUCUCUGGACAAACAAGCUGACAGUAGUCCUGCGGUUGAGCCAAAUGAUGCUCAUUAGCAAAAGUCAAAAUUGAUUAAAGCAGCUGUUCCAGGUAUAUAAACAUGGAAUCUAAACAGAAAAGUGGAGCAGUGGAGGUGAAAAAUGAUUGCGUGAUAGAUGGACAAGCUGUUCUCUUCUUCCUACGUAUUACACCAACUCCUCAUUAUGGCACUUAGUGUUUAACUAUAUGUUCUGUCACAGCUUUGCACCUGCAGCUUCCUGUAUCAGCAAACACAUGCUUGUGCACUUUGUCGUUCUGAGGUUAUCAUACAGCUGCAUUAUAGGAUGAACUAAGAUGUAUGUAUUAGUUAGAAUUCAAGGUUUUGUGUUGAAUCAUAAAACUGAAGGCAGGGGUGGAUGCUGUUUAACAUUAGUUUAACCCUAAAACUAACUUAGCAGCUAAUGGGACUUCAAUGGAAAUCUGUGUAAGUGCUGGAACUAACCACAGUAGGCCAAUAAAUCAGAGGAAGCUUACCAGUAAUAAUGUGUUCUUUCCACUCUUGUAAAUUAAGUUUUUACGCUGUGAUUAGUGAUUCUUCUGCGUUGCUAUCAAUGGUUUCCAGCCAUAACAUCCUACAAGCUUCUACUCUCUGUUUAGCUUCGUGUCAGUUAAUUUUAUGCUAUAUGUGGUGAAUAAUUGUAAAUUCAGUGUGCACAUUUCUUGGGAUGUUUGAUGCAGCCUUAAACAUAAUAACUAAAACUGUGUGGCUCUAUAUAGUCGUUUAUGAAAUUUUACAAAUAUUUUACAUCUUUGAAUCACAGAAAGUCUAAUUCACACACGUAAAUUCCAAAUAUAAGUGUAAAACCUAAAUCUUUACAAAGAUUGAUUUUCCUUCCACUAACUUACAGCAAAAUGUUUCAGGAAUUAAUAAGCACAUCUUUGAUCCCCUUAAGUACAGUGAUUCGUUUUCUUUCUUUCUUCACUCUUGGUGUGUUCUACCAGCACCAGAACAUUUAACCUAGUUUUUUGCUCUAGAAAGUAAAGCCCUAACUCAGUUCUGCCCAAAUGUUAAAUCCUGAACGUACUUCUCGGUGUAUCUGUACCAAGAAAAUCAGUCAACAACAACAAUCCCAUGUCUUACUUCUUAGUCUUUGGCAAACUGUUUGGUAAGCGUUUGUGUGAAAGCUACCCAAAGCCUUAACUAAAAGUGUUAGGACUGCCCCAAAGAUCCCAAAGAAUCACGACUGACCAGCCAAUGCAAUACAAGUAAAUAAAUUACAUUCUCUAUCUAUGUGCAUCUGAGCUACAUAUUGUAUGUUCUGAGGAAGGUGCAAUAAAAAAGCAAACUCUU